AUGAGCCGAUGGCAGCGUACGCUCAAGCAGACACUACGCUUUACGGGUGUGGGGCUGCAUUCUGGCAAGAAAGUGGCAAUCUGUAUCCGUCCUGCAACUUCAAACUCGGGUAUUUCAUUUUACGUGGGAAACAAAAGCUGUGCAAUUCCAGCUUUAAUUGCAAAUGUGGAUGUUGACAAGAGUCAAUUAUGCACGCAACUCACUGCCAAUGGUACAACCGUGUCAACUGUCGAGCACUUGAUGGCAGCACUGAUCGCGUCACGGAUCAAUAAUGCUGCAAUUAAACUUGAAGGAGAAAAUAGUCAGCACUCUUGUGUUGAACUCCCGAUACUGGACGGGAGUAGUGCUGAGUACAUGGAGGGAAUCCAACGUGGGGGUGUCGAGGAGCAAGAAGGCGCAGUACUCCAUUAUCUUCGCAUCACGAGGCCGGUGCAAGUUAUCAAACAUGACAAAGCGGCGUGGUUUCUUCCUAUGCCGGUGGAUCUCAGCAGCUCGUCUUUGUCCUUGCAAACUCCGACGCUUCAUAUGUCAGUGCAAGUGAACUUUGAACACAAGCACCUGGGCACGACGUUCUGUCGCUUUGCGUUGGGGUCUAAUACGGAGUCUACAAUGAAUACUUUCCAACAAAAGAUUGCAUCGGCUAGAACGUUUACGUUUGAAAAGGAGAUUGAGUGGAUGCAAACUAAUGGAUUGGCACGUGGUGGGUCACUUGACAAUGCCGUCGUAUUCUCGCAAGUCAAUCAGGCAAAACUAGCAACAAUAUUGAAUGUAGAAGGACUACGUUUUCAUGACGAAUGGACGCGUCACAAGAUGCUGGACUGCAUCGGCGAUAUAGGUCUUGCAGGUUUUCCUCUACAUGGCUACUUCUUUGCCACAAGUCCGGGUCAUGCAUUGACCCAUGAGUUGCUCCACGAACUGUUUAAAGACCCUCAAAACUAUGUCAAAGUGUCAUAA